AUAUUUCAGUGGGAUCUGGUUUGUGAGAAUCGAUGGAUCAGUUUCACAAUAACAACCGUCCAGAUGACAGGAGCCUUAAUAGGAGCUUUUGGAAUUGGUUACGCUGGAGAUAGAUUUGGACGAAGGAUCAGUCUCUAUACCAUUCAAUUCUUGCAUCUGAUCUUUGUAGCUGUCAGUGCCUUUUCUAAUUCAUGGCAACUCUUUGCUGCUAUGCGGUUUGGUAUUGGUAUGGUUGGUGGUGCUACUGUUGUUGUCAGCUUCCCUGCUUCAAUUGAAUUUGUUGGUAAAAGAUGGAGGGCGUUGUUAGGCGCGUAUCCAGUAUGGUCGGUGGCAGCACCGUUUUUAGCCUUAGUUACCUACCUCUUUCCUAAUUGGCGCCAUUUUGAAUUCUUUAUUUGUGUGGUCAACAUUCCGGUUUUGUUUGGAUUUUUCAUUGCACCGGAGAGUAUACGUUGGUUAACUGUUAAAGGAAGGAUAGAAGAAGCGUCUAAAGUAGCAUAUCUUAUUGCCAAAAGAAAUAAACAACCACCACCAAAUACAGCGAUUUUAGAAAGAAUUGCUGAAGAGGAGAGGUCGCGGAAUAGUAAUUUUUCAAGUUACACGUUUAUAGAUUUGUUACGUGGUAAAAGAAUGGCGUUAAUAACAAUAAGAGUCUGGUACACAUGGUUUACGUCAGCAGUGGUAUACUGGUGUUUAGUACUUGGUGUUCAGAAUAUGUCUGGUAAUUUUUAUCUCAACUUUUUCUUGGUGUCAAUCAUCGAAAUCCCAGCUUCAUUAUUAGUGCUGUUGUGGAUCAAUAGGAAAAACUUUGGUAGAAGAUGGUCAGUUGCCUCAGCUAAUAUAGUUGUAACUCUUGGUGCAUUAGGGGCGAUCACAGCUUCAUUAACAGAAAGUUCUAAAGCCUAUUAUGUCAAUAUUUGUGUAAUGAUUUCUAAAUUUGCUUCAACAAGUGGUUGGUCAAGCAUGACACCUUUUACAGCUGAAUUAUAUCCAACGGUAGUUAGGAAUUUAGGAUUUGGCUGUGCUGGUACAGUGUCUAGAGUUGGUGGUAUAUUUGCCUCUCAAGUCAUGUCAUUGGGAGGAUAUUUGCCUUAUGUAAUUAUUUGUAUUUUGAUGGCAAUUGAUACGUGCUCAAUACUCACUCUACCUGAAACACGGGGCGAGGCAUUACCAGAUACAUUUAUUGAUAUUAAUAAAAACAGUAAACUAGAAGAUAAGUACGUCGUCAAUGGUGAUGGCGUAAAUAUGAUUGAUGUGCCUCAAAAAUCAAAAGAACAUAAAUAA